CAGGUGCUGUUGCCGGACCGAGAGUGUAUUUAUGUAAAUAUAACUACCGAGGGACACCGAAACCACGGAGCUGUCUCUCCUCGCGCCAUGGCUGGUUCCUCACACCAUAGCACAACUGCUGUCAACUCACUUUACUAGUCGACUUCCUCAGGAACGAUAUCAGACAGAUAGUUUGUUUAAAAGUUGAUUUGAAUCGGGAUUUCCUGUAAUCACGGUAAGGUCGGGUCAGGUGUUGUGAUGCCUCAGUUAACGGUGGCAACCAUCCUGCAGCUCACCCUACUGCUCUCAGCGCUACCAGCCCAGUACCUCAUCUCCCAGUGGACCGGCGCGUCCGUGGCGCAGCGCUACCACGCCACCAAGCGGUUGUUGGGUAUAUGGGGAGAGUGGAGGAAGUCCUACCUGAACUCCACUGUCUGGACAGAGUGGAUCACAGACCUUAUGGAUACAAUCACGGUGCUGGUGGGAGGAGGAGGAGAGGAGGGAGAGAUUCCUGGAGAGUCUCCUGCUCUGGAGGUCAUGUUGCAAGACAACGACCUGGGCUUCUUUGGAGCUUCCCGGUCGGUCCGUAGGCCGCGCCCCCCCUUUGUCUUCCUGCGUGUGGGUGAUGUCGUCAUGGAGCGGAAUGGUCACAUGAUCGGGGUGAUCGUCAGCUGGGACCCGGAGCUCCGAGCCCCCCCAGAGUGGAUCAGCAGGAUGCAUCGCAAUGCUGAGGGUAAAGCAGAGAACACCCCCCACUAUAAGGUGUUAUUCAGCGGUCCUGGCCCCUCCUCUCUCUUAGUGGGAUACCUGCCUCAGACCAGGCUGAAACGGGUCACUGGAACCAGGCCGGAGAUCCCCACCCUAGAACUGUACUUCACACACUUUGACGGAGAGCGGUUCAUCAUGCAGCCGUGGCUCCAAGAGAUCUUCCCUGAAGACUGACAAGACAAGGACCACAGGAGUGAGUGUGUGGGUGUGUGUGUGGGUCACCUAACUGGACAGUAGAUGUAAAGGAAGGGACAGCUCCUCUCUCUCUGUUCCCCCACAACAAGAUAGAAGAGAAUUUCACACAGUGGUGUAGAGGGGAAACAACGUUUACACAUUAAAAAAAAAUAAUUAGUGAGCAUUUAGCCACCUAUUGUGGAAAAAUGCAUUGAAAAUAUAGGGAGCAUUAUUUUAUUCGCUGCAAACGGUGAUCAGCGUUUACCCACCUACUGUUUUUACCACUACAUCACUGAAGAUAAUA